AUAUACAUAGCUUAGAAGUUGACUUUCUGAACAUUGCAUGAAAUUGUGAAUAGAAACAUUUGGGACUUACGUGUGAGAUGGUCAAAGUUCAAAUUGAAACUACGAUAAUUAUUUAUUGAAAAUGACGUGUAAUAAAGAUCGAGACAAUGACCAUAUUUUAAAGAAGUUAAGAAAAAGUGACGAAAAUGAGGUUGUAAAUUGUAGAAGUAGUACGGACUAUAAUGAGGGGCUCAAAUUACGGCAAGGAACCGAUAGUUUUCCAAAUAUUAAUGAAAGACCAGUCGACGAUAUAUCUAUCGAAUUCUUCUACAAACCACAUACUAUCACACUUCUUCUUAUUUCGAUAACUGCUGUAAUUUAUUCAGCUUUUACAAGGAAUACCAACAAUGUGGAAGACAACAUGUGGGCUGGCAUGUUGUGCGUUAUCUUUUUCUUCCUUAUUAUAUCAGUGCUUACAUUUCCAAAUGGACCAUUUACAAGACCGCAUCCAGUUGUUUGGAGGAUUGUCUUUGGUUGCAGUGUACUUUAUUUGAUGGGCUUACUUUUUAUGUUAUUUCAAAAUUAUGAAACCGUUAGGAGAAUUCUUAUAUGGGUGGAUCCUGGCUUAGCAUCUUUUCACAUAGACAUGGAUAAGGAAUAUGGUGUUAAUUGCUCAGAUAUUACAAUAGAAAAAAUAUGGAAUCACUUGGAUGUGUUUGCUCUUGCUCAUUUUCUAGGCUGGGCCUUUAAGGCUAUUCUUAUACGUCAUCUUGGUAUUCUUUGGGCUAUUAGCGUUAUGUGGGAAGUAACAGAAAUAGCAUUCGCACAUCUACUACCAAACUUUAUUGAAUGUUGGUGGGAUGCUUUUAUACUUGAUGUUUUAGUAUGUAAUGGUCUUGGUAUUUGGGUUGGAUUAAAGAUAUGUUCUAUCUUGGAAAUGCGAGAGUAUAAAUGGGUCAGUAUAAGGGACAUAGAAAGUACUACCGGCAAACUAAAAAGAGCAGUGCUUCAAUUUACUCCUGGUAGUUGGACUUCUGUAAGAUGGUUAGAUCCAAUGUGCACUCAUAUGCGAUUUGUAGCUCUUUGCCAACUUGUUAUUUUCUGGCAAGUUUCUGAGCUAAAUACAUUCUUUCUGAAACAUGUAUAUGAGUUUCCGCCUUCUCAUCCAUUUGUCAUAACACGAUUGGUAUUGAUUGGCGUAAUCGUUGCUCCAUCAGUUAGGCAAUAUUAUAUGUAUGUAACUGAUCCAUCAUGCAGUAGAGUAGGUACUCAAUGUUGGGUAUAUGGUGCAAUUAUGGUAACAGAGGCAUUACUUUGUAUACGUCAUGGCGCAGCUCUCUUUGAACGGACGCAAGCCUUAAACAUACUCCUUUGGCUUCUUUGUCAGUCUCUAGUUUCUGUGUUAUGCGUCUAUGGGUGUGUUUUAUGGCAUCAGUACUUUGAGACGGAUAAGAACACUGUUAAAAAGCAGUCUGUGAUCAAACUACAUGAGAGCUGCUUGGAUGUAACUUGUAGUGGGGAUCUGGCACAUCACACUAAAUCUGUGGAUUCGGUGGAUAAGAAAGGACAGUAAGAUAGUCCCUUGUAAUAAUUAACCAAAUUAACGGUUAAUUUAUUAAACUAUACAACUUUCUAGUCGUUCAGAAGCGUACGAAUGAAUUUGUAAGCUUAGCAAAAUAGGACUGGAUGUGUGCACGUACGUUUUAACUGUUAUGAGCGUAUGAAUGAAUGUUUUGAAAACAAAUUUUGUUCCUGAGAAUAAAUGCAAAAGAUUGUUAUUCA